AUGGCUCCCAAGGCUGUUCAUUUCGGUGCUGGCAAUAUUGGCCGCGGCUUUGUUGCCUGCUUCCUCCACAACUCUGGCUACGAGGUCGUAUUUGCCGAUGUCGCCGACGCUCUGAUAGACUCCAUCAACGCCUCUCCUUCGUACCGCGUCAUCGAGGUUGGCGUUGAGGGCACGACUGAGUCCAAGAUUACAAACUACCGCGCCAUCAACUCCAAGACCCACGAGGCCGAUCUCAUCGAAGAGAUUAGCACUGCCGACAUCGUCACCUGCUCCGUCGGUCCCCGUGUUCUCAAGUUCAUCGCCCCGGUUAUCGCCAAGGGCAUCGACCGCCGCUCCGAGUCGCUCAAGCCCCUCUCCGUCAUUGCCUGCGAAAACGCCAUUGGUGCCACCGACACCCUUGCCGAGUUCAUCAAGAGCCCAGAAAACACCCCCGCGGACCGUCUCGAGGACCACUCCUCGCGCGCCCGCUACGCCAACUCGGCCAUUGACCGCAUCGUCCCUGCGCAGGACCCCAAUGCCGGGCUCGACGUGACACUCGAAAAGUUCUUCGAGUGGGUCGUAGAAAAGACGCCGUUUGAGGACGUUGGUAUCCCUAACAUCGAGGGCAUCAACUGGGUCGACAACCUCGCGCCCUUUAUUGAGCGCAAGCUCUUCACGGUGAACACCAGCCAUGCCACUGCCGCCUACCACGGCUACAACCGCAGAAAGCGCACCGUCUACGACGCCCUGCAGGACAAGGCCAUUAUGGCUGAGGUCCGCGGCGCCCUAGAAGAGACAAAGGGCUUGAUUGUCAGCAAGCACGGCAUCGACGAGGCCACCCAGGCAGCCUACGUGGACAAGAUUAUUAAGCGCAUCGGCAACCCCCACCUUGAGGACGCCGUCGAGCGCGUCGGCCGUGCCCCGCUUCGUAAGCUCUCCCGCAAGGAGCGCUUUGUCGGGCCCGCCGCCGAGAUUGCCGAGGAUGGCGGCUCGAUCAAGUACCUCCUCGACGCAAUUGAGAUGGCUUUCCGCUUCCAAAACGUCGAGGACGACGAAGAGUCCAAGGAGCUGGCCACCAUCAUGUCGGAAAGCACUCCCGAGGACGUCGUCGGCAAGGUCUGCGGCGUGCAGACUUCGGAAAAAAUUUACCCCCAGCUCGUCGAGGUUGUCAAGCGUGUUCAGGCCGACAGCGAGUGA